UUGAACAAACAUCGGGUGAAUUUUUCCGGCAGGCUCACACGUGCAGCACUUUUUCGGUUUUGGUUUUUUUUAUUUUAAAAAUAGUUAGAGGCUUCAAAAAAUAUGGAUUCUUUGGGAAAGUUGAUCUUAAAUAAGCCAAAGAAUCGACUGAGACAAAAAAAAACGAGAUACCAUUUUUUACGAGAUAGGUCAUUUGCUUCCAUCCUCAAAAAUGUUGCGGUUUUUGAAAAUAUAUUUCACUGGUCAAAUCGCCCCAAUGUAUGCAAUACGAUGAGCCCUUACCUAUUGGACACAAGCGCGGCGAACCCAGCAGCAGUUGUUUCCAAAUGAUAUGGAAACUAUAGGAAUGUAAUUCAAACCUGCUUAAAUCGACUUAUGCUGAUUUUUUAUGACAAGCACAUAGGGGCUUGUAACCUUUUUAUUAUGGGGUAGAUAAAAUACUAAUGAAGGGGUAUAAAACGUCUUUGUAGUGGCACACAAUGGCGUUUUGCCCAGGCACUUGCUAAAACCCAUGUUUUCAUGAAUUUUCAAAAAGCUUCAAUAUAAUAUUUUUAUAUGACAACUCACAGGCAAUGCAUUAACGACUUUUUGGACUGCCAAAUAACACAAAGUUUGCAUAAAUUACGUUGGAAAGUAAUUAGUUAUUUAAGUACACCCGAUUCUUUUUUUACACGGGGGAUGCGUUUCGUGUAAAAAAAGUUUUCAGUUCAAAAUUUGAAAAUCCGUGUAUAAAAAGUUGAAUGAAUCAUGCAAAAUGGAGCAACUUUGCAAAAAUUUUGUAUGGGAUUUUUUUUACACGGCCGUGUAAAAAAAAUCCGUGUAAAAACAGAAUCAGGUGUAUUGUCUCAGAGGGAGCACAUUAUACAUAUAAAUACUGAUGAAUAUAAUCGACGAGGUUGAGCAGUCAAAAUGAAAUGAUUUCUAAUUCCUCUCAGGGUUUCUUCUAGUAUGCCUUCGUCAAAGUUUUGAAUGCGUUCAUAAUUAACUUCCUUGCAUCUCACGCUUUUAUAUAAUUCUCAUUGCUUUAUUGAAUCAACAUGAUGUAGGAGUUAAUGGCUCAUCACGCACCCGUGGGAUUAUACAACCAUUACGUUGAUUGAAGAUGUUGACACGUGCUCGUUUCUCGCGCAGCAUCUUUUAGGGACUCAUUAAUGCACAUUUGCAUCGUUUUCUAGGAAUUAUUAUAAAUAAACUUAUUUAGUGAGGUUAAGUACAGUCAUCCCAAGAAAAACUUUCAUAUGAAAAUUCGACAACAUCUUAAAAGAAACUGUUCAAAUAAAAAGUUUAUAUUCUUAAUUUUCCAAGCAAAUUUAAGCCGGUUCGAAAAACACACACGGGUUUUACUGAAUAUGUCAACUUUUAAAAGUAGCCUAUAGUAGAAGCGUCAAAAAUCACACACAAAACAAAGCCAUUACAAACUGUAAAAUUCUCAGAAUGAUCAGUCUGAAUUAAGUGUUUUGAUAAUAAGCAAUUAAAACAAAAAUUAUAACCUUUGAUAGGACCGAUUUUAUGAUGCGCCUUUGACAGAAUGUACUUUUGUUUUCUCAAUUAACUUCACUGAUACUCACGCUACAUCAAUAAUUUGAUACAGAUUGAAUAGCUUUAUCUAGAAAAAAAGUUAAUAGGAGAAGAAGGGUCAACACGCACCCAUGAUGCUAAACGACUUAUAUAGUUUGUGAAUAUUAAUUUAAAACACCGUUGAUUGUUGGUGAUUUGAAUCAUUGAAAAAAUGCUACACCGUCGAAAAACGCAAGGUGGCGGAAUAGCGUACGUGACCCAUGGCCAUUUAUCACACGGACGCAUUUUGAACAGUUCUCCUCCACAACAUUGUCCGUCUCUAGCAAUAUUCCAUCUAUCGGAACACGCAGAUGUAUCUACUAAAAAAGCAAUUCCUUGCUAAUCUAGUUAUUCGCGGCACUUUCAAAAGAUCGGUUCAAAAUGAGCUCAGCGUUCCCGGGAAUGGAUAAAAAGCCACUAUCGUACGACCAGUACGAAUCCACACUGGAUGCUAAAGACUUACGAAAGGCUGAGGAGGAGCUGCAUGAAACUGAUAACACCCGGGAAUCAGCAUUAGCACAAAUACGAGAAUUUAUUGCCAAGCAUCCGCAGAUCAUCCGAUGUCGAACAGACUGCAUCUUUCUGUUGAAAUUUCUUCGGGUGCGCAAGUUCAACGUUCAAGCAGCUUGUGAAAUUUUGGAAGCGUGGCUUAUGGCAAUUUCUAUCGAAGCGGAGUUCUACGAAGUACGCCUGAACGAAUGGGAUAAACAUUUUGUCAGUCAAGUUGUCCUCCCAGUAGGGCCGGAUGACAAAGGACGAAUGGUGGUAGUAUGUCGAUACGGUGUCCUAGAUUCAAGGACGGUUACACCUGAAGAGCAAAUUCGGCUUCUCAGCUUGGUACUGCAAACGUUUUUCGAUGUUGAAACCUACCAGGUGAAUGGAAUGGUGGUAUUGAUGGAUUUCCAAGCUACCACAGUGGCUCAUUUCACAAUGUGGACUGUUCCCAAGUUGAAAACAUUGAUAACAGCAAUAAAUGACAUCCUUACAAUACGCUUGAAGGAAGUUCAUUUGAUCAAUCUCCCCAAAUUUGCCAAAGUUGUGGUAGACAUUUGCAUGACUUUCAUGAAGCCGAAACUGCAGAAGCGGAUUAAGUUUCACAAAUCUUUGGAAGAGCUGAGAGCAGCCGUAGACAAUUCCGUUCUGCCAACCAUCUACGGGGGCCAACUAUCGCUGGACGAAGCCAACGACCGCUUCCGCAAACGGGUCGAACAGGAACGUGAUCGCAUUCUUUUGCUCAACGAGUUUGUCUUCGAUCCGACAAUUCCCAACCCAAAUGCCACGAACUACAAUCGUUCCGGGCUGCAUAGUGAGAUCGCCAAUGAGGCCGUUAUCGGCAGUUUUCGGAAAUUGAAUGUGGACUAAGCGGUGGAUUCGUGGGCUAUUACUUAAUCGACUUGAGGCUGGUGCACCGGAAUGAUACUAAAGUCAACUUAUGCUUCGGAUCCGAUAUUCCUCCGUUCAUUUCAUACGCCCAAUCUAAGUAACCUUGGCAAUGUUAAUAACAUUUCUGGCCUUUUGUGUUAUAACAACCGAAAUUAUCGAAACCUCACCAAACGCGUGCCGUCUGUAAAUUGGGCUGUCGCUGCUCUGCUAAACCGGUAGCCUUGACGCGUGCGAUACGGCCGAGAAACACGCAUAGGAAGGGGCGUCCCUCAUUGUUAGGCGUUGAAGCGCAGAAGACUCAACUAAUUCAUCAGCCUUUCUUUGAGUGGAAACGAUGACAGUUUCGCAAAAAUAGUAAAAGAUGAAAUCAUCUCUAGUUGUCGGUUGCAGACUUACGUUGCACGGUGGGGUGGUUGCUUCCAUCUGACAGACUGAAAAUAUUAAGUUGGGCUUUAUUAAUGCAGACACCAUUGAACCGAAUACUUUUUGAUACGAAGAAAAUUGAUAACGUCGUUUGACGGAACCACGUCAUCUGUUUAAACAUCGGAUGUUUAUUGGUCUUGGUCUGGGAGGUAGAGGGGUUUAUUUAAUUUGAAGGAGUAGACUUUAAAUUGACGUUUUAUAUUUAUAUAUUGUAUAUUGUAAACACGUUAUUGAAAUUUACCCUAUUUAGAUCAUAACGAGGAUGCUUUUAGCAAUAGCAAAAUUUUUUAGCAAAAAUAUGUACAAAAACAUAUAGAUAUGCACAAAAUAAUGACUGGGAGAUUCA